UACAGAUCCUCAGUCCGUCGAGUGAGUCAAGGGUAUCAUGCCAACUACAUGGAAAUGGAACCUGAGGUGGUCACUUGUAAGGAGUGUUAUAGGUUGGAGGCAGAGUCUUCUGAAUUAAUUUCCUCUCUAGUUCUUCAUCAGGACGAUGGUCUGGAUUAUCAUGCUAAAUAUACAUUUUUAGUGUAUUUGUGACCUUAUUUUUGUUUAGCAACUAGCAAGAUCUAUUAGCCUAUUGCAAUCUUCUCUUAUGGUUCAGGAAGGUUCAAAACACAAACUCUCAAAGUAGAAUUCUUCAUAGGUGGAUUGUGAUUUUCUUUUUGUGUAUAUGUUAAGCAUUACACAAAUCAGAACUUGUGGAGUUCAGUGAAGUGAUGUCAUAGUUUGACCUUGCUUGUCACUGGCCAUGUGACCAGGGCAUGCAUGAUGGUGUGUGUUGACAUCCAGUCUAAGAGUUAAGUCCAGUCUUUUUCAUAGAGCCCCGGUCAAACAUAUAGCGGUGGCUGACUUGUACAGAGAGAUGACAAUCACAUGGUUAUUACGAUAAAAGCUUCAUACUUCAGAUUAAAGACGAUAUGCUCAUGUCCAACUCAGAUUUACACAGAUGAGAAUAUUUCUCAUAAAUAACUGAUUUAUUUUUUUCUCCCCAGACUCUUAUCUACGCUGUGACCCAACCCCCAAGGCUGUUGCAUGAAUGACGCACAAACUCUCAAUCUAUUCAUGAAAAUUUCCCCUGGGUCAGAGAAAAGCCCUGUCAUGGAGAAAACAAAAUACAUGUUUUGACAGAAUAUACUGGGGAUUACACCAUAUGGAAAUAAUAUAAUACGUCCUUAGAGCCUUAUGUUACAGCUGAUGUUGUACCCUGUAUAUUAUAUUUUGUGAAAAAGUUAACUCUGAGCUCUAAGUUGUAGCCAUGUUUCCAGUAGCAUCUCUGGGGCUAACAGAGGGAUGCUGUUCUCUUGUGUUUCCCGUAGACUGGCCCUCUGCACUACAAGAUGAUAGCGGAUUACAGCAGGGUAAUCUGCCUGCCAGCCAUCUGCCUGCUCCGCUAAAAUUAAACCUGAAAGCAGAGGCAUAGAAGUGCAUGUUGAUGAAGGUACGUUUGCAGGUGAGCCAUAUCAUGGCGCUAUAGUUGACCCGGCAACUGUAAUUGUCCAAUCAGUCAUGGCUUUGAAACAAAUAUGUCACAUAUCACUCAAUACAACUGGCCCCUGAUUUAGCAUAAGAGUACAUUACAAUGCAAUACAUUUAGUCCCCGGACAAACUGGAAUAAUAAGUGUGAUAAAAUUACUUCUGUUACAAAGUUUAAUGAUAAAUAUUCCAGCUCAAUUUUAUUUUGUCCACACAAUGUUUUGCUAUUUUGUCUUGACAAACAACAUUGCUUUAUCAAUACAAAAACUGUUAUUUAAAAUGCAAUCACAUUUGAAUAAAUUGGAAUAUUGAUCCUCAAACUGAGUAUGACAUAUAGGGGCUACUUUGCCAUUGUCAGAAUUUAGAAGUACAUUUUCAGCGAUCGGCUUUAGACAUACGACACAAUGUUGGGAAACAUGUUUUUUUUUUAUUUUUACAUUUUUUUUAAAUAUAUUUAUUGAAGGGUACGUUAUUAUACAGGAUAAAAAUAAAAUUUUCCUUCAUGCUUUCUGAAAAUUUUACAACAACAUAAACAACAAAAGCCAACAAUCCCCAACCUCCCAUUAGCCCCCCUCCCACUCACAAAUGUUGGGAAACAUGUUAAUGCAUUUCUCCACAUUAACAUGUUUUAUAUUUUGGUUUAUGGAAACCCCAUGUAUGUCAAUGGAUUUUUUAUAAAAUAUCUUUCCAUACAAUCCUUUACAAAAGUUCGACAUUUAGUGAUUUUAUCACAUAGAAAAUAUAUCUCCCUGUUUAUGAGUAUCAGUGAUUUUUGAACUAUGUUUUUUGUUAGGUCUUCUAAUUGCAUACUUCUAGAUGGUUAUGAUUAAUAACAGCAGUAACAAUAAUAGUUAAAGUAAAUAAAGACCUUUAUAAACAUGACAAGUUUUAAAACCCUUAAGAAGUAUGAUCACAAAUAUGUGAUUAGAAUAUUGCAAACUGAAGGUUCCAUUGAUAUUGUAAAGGAACUGAAGCCACCGCUUUAAAUAGCAGUCAGUGAAAAUUCUGGAAUGACUUGCUAAAAACUCACAUUUUGUGAUAGGCUCAGAGGGACAUAUACCUUUGCUGUAGAACUGUCUUCUAAUCCACCUGAUAUCUCCCAAAUCUCUUCUCUGUGUUAUCUAGUUGCCAGAAAAACAUAACCUUUCAGAAUAUUAGUUCUAUCCUGUUCUCGUCUUAAAGAUACCAUGCUCAUGUCAUCUGACUAUUCACCACAGAAAUGAUACUUGUGAAGUCCCUUUGUACACAAAGCUGGCUAAAAGUUGUUGCAUGUAGUCAAAUUCUUCUUCAAAGUGACCAUAGAGAUACAGUAGGCCUGGUUUCAUAGCAAAGUAACCCAUUUUCUCUUGCAAAAGCCUUCAUCCUACAGACAAGGAUAAAGCAAGGAUAUACUGUUCCAGAAAAUGUAAAAAAAAAAUCCAGAAGUUUGGUUGUUUUUUGCACAUAGCAUGUUACCAAGUGAUCAGUGGAAAGAAUGAACAAAGACUUUUGGUGGUGUACGAUUCUUGUGAAACAUGGUUAUUGUUUUGUAUUGUUAGAGGAAGACUUCCAAAUGUCCAUAUUCCAAAUAGCACAACCAAAGAUUUGUGACUACAGAUAUGCUAACAAGUGUCUAGCCUGGGAAAUAAGGGGGGAAGGCAAUAUGAUAACUAGUAGGACUAUCUUUUAUAUGUACAUACUAUAUGUUUAUGUAAAGAGUAUUUCUAGGUUCCUUGUUCCAUCAAACUGAAGCCAUAUUCCAGUAUUGUACCUUGUCUGUCAUGUUUAUUAAUAGCAUGUUCUGUACACUCUGGUCAUUAGGGUUUUAGUCCCAUAUGUGAGAGAUGUGAACCAGGGGAGAAGAGUCACUCUGGUCAUUAGGGUUUUAGACCCAUAUGUGAGAGAUGUUAACCAGGGGAGAAGAGUCACUCUAAUGCCCUACAUGAGUAAAAUGUAUAGACAUUUGAAUUCGCUUUUAUUCUGGCUCUAAUUGUACAUAUAACUUUCUUCCAGAAGAGAAAAACGUUAUUCCAAAUAAUCUGUCUUCGUGCUCUCAGUGUCAUCUGUAGCGAUGUCUAGUUUAUUAGGAUGUCAAAACAAGCAAAUAAUUGGUUAAUUGAUUGGAGGUUUCCUGAUUGGUUUAGGCAGACAGACCAUACUGGAAGUUCAGUUUAGCUUUGACAUAUGGAACAGUUUUCAACACAAUUGAAUCUGUAAAUUCUUAUCACCCAGUGAACACACCCAACAAACUAACAUACAUUGAUGCCACACUAUGACGGCACUCUAUUGAAAAAGUAGUGGAACAAGGAGUGAUAACACGCUAUCUGCUAUCGAAUAUAACCUUAUAAUACAUCGCUAGAACACUAUAAUAGCAGCACUGUUUUGAUGUGAUGAUGCUUGACAUUCAACAUUCAACAUGUUAAAUGUAAAAUGUUAAAGCAAUACCUUGAGCAAUCUAUGUUUACUGUGUUGGUGUUCAACACUGAACUAAUGGCUUUACCUUAGGGAUAACAGAUCAGUAUUGCAUUUGAAAUGUGUUAGUCAGAUCUUGUGAAUGUGUUGUAAAGAGGUCAAAUUAGUUACCAUAACAUUUCUACUAAAGCAUUUUACAAAUGCAGUCAUGUCUUUAGACAGGGUGAGAUCCAGAUAGGGAACAGGUCUGAAAGAGAAGACUGACAACAUGAAUAUGGACAGGCGAAACAAUUAGAAUGCACUUCCAAAAAUAUCUAGACAUACUGACAGAGCUUGUAACAACGAUUUUCUUAGAGCUUUUUGUGAUUACAUUAAAGGCAACAUAUUUCCACUACCAUCAAGCAAACUGUUAACCUUUAAUGACAUUUAACAUCUGGCAAGGCAAACAAUCUUGCAUUGCAAUCUUGCAUCUCACUUAAUGAUGUGUUUGAUGCACCACAACUGAAAUAAUGAAGUUUUCUUUUGAAUUCUUCAGGGACAGACUGCUGUGCUCUAAAAAUGUUCAAAGGGCUAAGGCGUGUCAUUGGAUUAGUCGCUUAGCAUAUGCCUUAGCUUCCCUCCGUCCAGCAGAACCACCUGCAGAGGGAAACGUGUUUAGAACUAGUUCUGUCCUAAUCUAGCUUAGAAUCCAUUGCUUCUUUCAGAAGGAUGACGAAUUUCAAUAACAUUGUUCCUUCUCUUCUCGUUGUAUUUGCCCAGUUCACCUUUGCAGCAACACAUCUUGAUUAUGCUCCAUAUUUCUUUGAUAAUGGGCCCAACAGUAACAGUGGUAAUCUGGCACUGUUUAGUCUCUCAGAAGACACGCCAGUUGGAACACAGAUAUAUAUUCUCAAUGGAACUGACCCAGAAGGUCAACCAGUUACAUAUGGACUGACCUUUGAACCAGGAUCCAAGGAAUUGUUUCGAGUUGAUCCCAAAUCUGGAACAGUUACCCUUAUUGAGGAGCUUGACAGAGAGGUGCAAGAUGAGAUUGAAGUAUUUGUCAGUAUUACAGAUGGGCGUAAUAAAGUUACUGAGAAGGUCCAAGUGUUUGUGAUGGAUGUCAAUGAUGAGAAACCACAGUUCCAGAAUCUGCCUGCAAUUUUGGAUGUUCGAGAGAGUACCAGACCUGGCAGCAGUGUCUACAAAGUAGAGGCUAUAGAUAAGGACACGGGCUCGGGUGGAUCCCUCACCUACUACCUCCAGAGCUCUGACGCAAAUGGGAAGUUUGGAAUAGACCGACACAGUGGAGUGCUACGCAUUAAACAGGGGGAGACCCUGGACUUUGAGAAGUCCACAACACAUUUUGUCACCGUGGUAGCAAAGGAUGGAGGGGGAAACUAUAAGGGAAAGUACCAGGUCCUCUCAUCGUCUUCUACUCUGACCAUCAAUGUUGUUGACACUCAGGACACACCCCCUAUCUUUGUCGGAUCUCCGUAUUUUGGAUAUGUUUAUGAAGUGUCAUCACCAGGCUCUGAAAUAUUCACAGUUUUUGCCAAAGAUGGAGACUUUGGGAACCCCAAUCCUAUCCAUUACUCUAUUGAUUCUGGUGCAGAUGCGGUCUUCAGCAUCAAUAAAACAAGUGGCUGCAUUAGCCUGCGUGCCUACCCUGCCCACCUGAGGAAAGAAAUGUUUCAUAUUAAAGUCAAGGCCUCAGAGGUGGGUCCAGAUGGAGAGUUAAUGGACUAUGCCAUCACCACGGUAACCAUACGAGUAGUGGACCUGAACAACCACCCUCCCACCUUUUAUGGAGAAAAUGGACCUCAGAACAUGUUUGAGCUUACAAUGUAUGAGCACCCCCCAGAGGGAGAAAUCUUGAGGGGGCUGAAGAUCUCCGUCAAUGACUCAGAUCAGGGAGCUAAUGCAAAGUUUAACCUAAGGCUGGUCGGGCCUGGACGGAUAUUACGUGUGGUCCCUCAGACCGUCCUCAACGAGGCCCAAGUCACCAUCUUAGUGGAGGACUCCUCUGCCAUAGACUACGAGAAAUCACAGUUUCUCACAUUUAAGCUGCUUGCAGUGGAGAUUGACACACCUGAGAGAUUCAGUGCCACAGCGGAUAUAGUGAUUCACCUACUAGACACUAACGACAACGCCCCCCAGUUCUCAUCAGAGUACUAUAUCGCUCGGAUCCCUGAAAACUCCCCUGGAGGAUCCAAUGUUGUUACAGUAACAGCUGAAGAUCCAGAUUCAGGCCUAUGGGGGGAAGUGAAGUAUUCUAUAUAUGGUGCUGGAUCAGACUUGUUCCUCAUUCAAUCGCAGUCAGGAAUCAUUUAUACUCAACCUUGGGCUAGCCUGGAUGCUGAAGUCAAGUCCAAGUACAAUUUCUAUGUAAAAGCUGAGGACAGAGAAGGAAAGUACAGCUUGGCUGAGGUCUUUGUAACCAUUCUUGACCUCAAUGACCACCCACCUGAAUUCAACAACAAUUUUUUGGAGACAACCAUGAUCAUUGGGGCACCAGUCAAAAUAGAGGCAAUUGAUGAGGAUGCGGAGGAGCCCAAUAACAUCAUUGAGUACUCCAUCAUGAAAACUGAGCCGGACAACAUCUUUGACAUUAAUGCUGACACAGGCGAGAUCGUGCUGAAGUCUUACAUCAAGUCCAUGGACAUCGUUCAGAACAUCACCAAUCAGAAAGAAUGUACGUGGUCUGUGGUGAUCCAGGCCAGAGACCGGGGGUCCCCAUCCUUCGUCACCACUACUGUGGUCAAGAUUGACAUCACUGAAGCAACUCAACUCAAUGGACCAUUCGCGUCCUUUUUAAUGCAAAGUAGAGACAAUCCCAUUCAAAUCCUAGGUAUGAUUGCCUGUGUCAUCUGUAGCAUGCUCGUGGCUACAGUCUUGAUCUCUACUAUCACAUUUGUGCGCAACAAAAAGUCAAACAAGAUCUUGCCUUCACGCCGCAUUAUACGGAGAAGGCCCAAGCACAGACAGUGGGGAUUCAAAGUUGGAGGAAACAGCGGAAAGAAUUUUGAAGUCAAAGACGAGCCUGAAAAUGUAGAGAACAUUAACUGUAACAAUAACGUCCACACACACUGCCACCUCCACCACCACCCACCCCCUCCUAUGUACCCCCCUCCUAUGCACCCCCCUCAUAUGCACCCCCCAGGCCUGCCCCCUCCACUCCCAUGCUUCUCCCGGCCAAGCGAGCGGCAGUGGGCUGGUACCCCAGUCAGCUCCAGUACAGUGGUUUUAAAGCCCAUGAAAAGAUUGAUUCAGACUAAAGAAAAUAAUGUGAACACAGCACUGGUCUCAGAGCUGAAGAUGAGACUUGAACAGAAAAGAAUGGCCAGCCAAUAUUGACUCUUCCUAAGCCUAUGAAUGCAUGCAGCUGUGGAGUGUGAUGGAUGUGGAGGAGGUGGUCCAGGGGUGUGAGUCGCUGAGGAUGAUCACCCAAAGGAUGGGUACCAGCCCAAAGGACAGCUGAAACCAGCCUGGAGGACUGCAGGCCUGCCUCAGCGGUCCAACCACGGCCCCCCCAUGUUUCUCACUCAAGCUUCCACUAGGAUGUCUGUACUCAACCAGGACAGGAGGAGAACCUUGUGUUGCUGG